GAGAGAGCGGCAUUGUGCAGCCUUUGGCCUACAGCGCGCAUGCGCCGUGCCACAUUCCCCGCCUGGCGGCCCCGGAGCUGCCGCCGCCGCCGCGUUUCCCCCCCCUCCGCCCCUCCCGCGGCAGCGCACCCCGCCUCGCCGCGGUGGAGGAGGCGGCGGUGCCGGGUUCCCGCUCUUUCCCCUUCCCCCGGGUUUUGUUUCCAGAGCAGCCCUGCUCCCUGUGGUAAGGGCUGCCUUGUGAAGCAGCGCGUUCAUUCUCCCCUUCAAGCACCAUAAGUCUCGUUUGCCAGCUUCAGAACCAUGGCAACAGAAGAAAAGAAACCAGAUGCAGAAUCCACCAAAACACAAUCGACUCCUUCCUCCUCAACCAAUCAGAGCAAGCCUGCACCAGUGAAACCAAACUAUGCUCUAAAGUUCACGUUAGCAGGACAUACAAAGGCAGUCUCGUCUGUAAAGUUUAGUCCUAAUGGAGAGUGGCUAGCCAGCUCCUCUGCUGACAAACUUAUUAAAAUUUGGGGAGCAUAUGAUGGCAAGUUUGAAAAAACGGUGUCUGGCCAUAAGCUGGGUAUCUCUGAUGUCGCUUGGUCAUCAGAUUCCAACCUUCUUGUCUCUGCCUCUGAUGAUAAAACUCUAAAAAUAUGGGAUGUAAGCUCGGGUAAGUGCUUAAAGACAUUGAAGGGGCACAGUAACUACGUUUUCUGCUGCAACUUCAACCCUCAAUCAAACCUCAUCGUUUCUGGCUCAUUCGAUGAAAGCGUGAGGAUAUGGGAUGUGAAGACAGGGAAGUGCCUCAAGACGUUGCCUGCUCAUUCUGACCCAGUUUCAGCUGUGCAUUUUAAUCGUGAUGGAUCCCUGAUAGUGUCAAGUAGCUAUGAUGGACUCUGUCGAAUCUGGGAUACAGCGUCAGGACAGUGCUUGAAAACACUCAUUGAUGAUGAUAACCCUCCUGUGUCUUUUGUGAAGUUCUCCCCAAAUGGCAAAUACAUUCUAGCUGCAACUUUGGACAACACUCUUAAGCUUUGGGACUACAGCAAAGGAAAGUGCCUGAAGACAUACACAGGACACAAAAAUGAGAAGUACUGCAUAUUUGCCAACUUCUCCGUUACUGGUGGAAAGUGGAUUGUAUCCGGUUCAGAAGACAACCUGGUUUACAUUUGGAACCUUCAGACAAAAGAGAUUGUACAGAAAUUACAAGGGCACACAGAUGUUGUGAUCUCAACAGCUUGCCACCCGACAGAAAACAUCAUCGCAUCAGCAGCUCUAGAAAACGACAAAACAAUUAAACUGUGGAAGAGUGACUGUUAAACGCUCCAGCAUCACUUGAGAGACUGUCAGGAAAAAAAAGAAAUGUUUUUAAAAAAAGAAAUAAAAAUAAAAAAUUUAAAAACCACAUGAGAAUAAUAAAUCCAGUUUGGCAGGAAACCUGAAGAACAUUUGAUAAAGUGGUUUCUGUUAGUCUUGGCCCAAAGAAAACGUCUUAGCUCUUUGCUAGAACCGGGCAGCAUGGUGGGGAGGAUAAAAAAAAACAAAGGUGCAGUGUCUCCUUUCCUUGCCUGAUCUUUUGGCAGACAAAUGGAUCGUUCUGACACGGCGUUACGAGUGUCAGCCUGGUGUUGGGCACCCAAAGAUACUGUAUUUAUGGUGGCAUUACUUCUGCUGCUGCUUAAGGAAGAGCUGCCAGCCUGCUUUGUGACAGUAAGUUAAGUCAUGAGCCUAGAGAUGCGUGGAUUUCUUUUUUUUUUUUUUAAAUGUCUAAUUUUUUUAUUUUUUCAGAAUGUAGGUUUUAGUCUCUUGGAAGUUUCUGUAUUGUUUUAAAUAGGAGUACUGCAUCUUUAAGGGUGCUUCAUUUUAAACACUCAGCUCAAACUUUGUGACCAAAUAAAACCAUGCAGUUCCAGAUUUUCCCCCUUCCUGCCCCUGACUUGACUCCUGUGGUGAAAUCUCCUCUUACCUUCUGUAUAGUUGCUUACCUCUUGUUACGUGUGUUUAAUAGAUGCUGUUCUAGAGCAAAGUUACAUUUCUGUUAACCAUUAAAAUGAAUUCUGCUUGUAGUUGUUCUCAGCAUAUUUUAUUUUUUUUUUCUUCUGGCUAAAAGGAAGCUCACACCACACUGUAAAGUUAUUUCAAUGUAAAAAGAAAAACCAACCCCAGACUUUUGUAUUUGGAAAAAUCCAUCGUAUGAAACUGUACUGCUAAUAGCAUGACUCUGUAUCUAUUUCAGCGUUGGUAUUUCUUUCCUCUUUUGUCAUAGCCACGUAGUGUUUACACAUCCAAACAACUGCCAUAUGCCGUAAUAAAAAGGUGGGAUUUUCUGUGUGUGCUUGUUGGUAA